GCAUGCCGGUGUGUCUCGCGAUAUAAGGCUGUUGUCGCGGCAUUUUAGAGCUGAAGCAGCGUGUUGAACUCAGAGAGCCAGUCUUUCUGUCGAGGUGAAGGAGAGCAGACACGCACUGCGUGUCGCAGCAGGGAUUUUUUUCCAGUCAUGGUGCUGUUGCACGUGUUGUUCGAGCAUGCGGCGGGCUACGCUCUGUUCGCCGUCAAGGAAGUGGAGGAGAUCGGCAUGCUGCUGCCUCAGGUGGAGGAAAACGUCCUGAACAUCGGGAAGUUCAACAGCAUGGUCAGCCUCGCAGCCUUCUUCCCAUUCAAGUCGGCCCAGGCCGCCUUGGAAAACAUCAAUGCGGUUUCUGAAGGUGUGGUUCAUGCUGACUUGAAGUUGUUCCUGGAGACAAACUUGCCCCAUGGCGGAAAGAAGAAGGUUGCGUUGGGGGUUGCUGAUGCCAAAAUUGGAGCAGCUCUGCAGGAGGAGCUGACCUGUUCCAUCCAGACCGGCGGAGUGGUGGCUGAGAUCCUUAGAGGUGUGCGGCUUCACUUCCACUCCUUGGUGAAGGGUCUGACCGGCCAGGCUGCCUCGAAGGCCCAGCUUGGUCUGGGUCACAGCUAUUCCAGAGCCAAGGUCAAGUUUAAUGUCAACAGGGCAGACAACAUGAUCAUCCAGUCCAUUGCUCUGUUGGACCAGCUGGACAAGGACAUCAACACUUUCUCCAUGCGAGUCCGUGAAUGGUAUGGCUACCACUUCCCAGAGCUGAUCAAGAUCGUGCCAGACAACUCAAUGUACUGCCGCCUAGCCCAGCUGAUCGGCAACCGGAAGGAGUUGUCAGAGGAGAGCCUGGAGAGUCUGGAGGAGGUGGUGAUGGACAGUGCCAAGGCCCAGGCUAUCCUGGAGGCAUCCCGCAGCUCCAUGGGUAUGGACAUUUCUCCCAUCGACCUGAUCAACAUAGAAAGGUUUUCCAACCGUGUGGUGUCUCUGGCUUCCUACCGGCUGGAGCUGCAGGAGUACCUGCGGUCCAAGAUGAAUCAGGUGGCCCCCAACCUGGCAGCUUUAAUCGGAGAAGUGGUGGGAGCUCGUUUGAUCUCCCAUGCUGGCAGCCUGACCAAUCUGGCAAAAUACCCAGCUUCCACCGUGCAGAUCCUGGGAGCAGAGAAGGCCCUGUUCAGAGCCCUAAAGACUCGAGGCAACACCCCCAAGUAUGGUCUCAUCUUCCACUCAACCUUCAUUGGUCGUGCUGCUGCCAAGAAUAAAGGCCGCAUAUCCAGAUAUUUGGCAAAUAAGUGCACCAUCGCUUCACGAAUUGACUGUUUCUCUGAGGUACCAACGAGUGUGUUUGGGGACAAGCUGCGCGACCAGGUGGAGGAGCGCCUGUCCUUCUAUGAGACUGGUGAAGUGCCACGCAAGAAUGUGGACGUCAUGAAGGAGGCUGUGAAAGAGGCUAGUGAUGUUGCGGCCGAGAUAAAGCGGAAGCUUGAGAAGAAGGAAAAGAAACGCAAGAAGCGUGAAAAGAAGUUGAAGGAACUUGAAGCAAAUGGUGACGCCAAUGGCGAAGCAGAGAAGGUGGAGAACGGAGAAGCAGACACCAGCGUGGUGAAGAAGAAAAAGAAAAAGAAGCAGGCAGCCGAGGAGGCAGAGGUCACCGUCGAGGAGACGUCUGCUAUAGAGAACGGAGCAGAGGACGCCGAAACUCCAGCCAAGAAGAAAAAGAAACGAAAGGCUGAAGCCAUGGAGGCAGAACCAGCUGAAGAGACCCCAGAAACACCUGUGUCUGAGAAGAAAAAGAAAAAGAAGAAAAAAGAGAAUGCAGAGUAGCAAAUGGGGUCAAAGACUUUCUGUACAGUUACUUUUUUUAUUUUACUCACUGGACUUUGAAAAAAAAAAAAAUCAACAUGUGUGCUUGAAGGCAGAUGUGUAAGCAGAAUUGUAUAGUCCUUUUCAAGAAACCUCAAAGCAGGUUAGACUGAAAUGAAACAAGCUGUGCCUUGAUGUUUUUUUUUUUUCUUUCUUUCUUUCUUUUUGGCUUGUACCUGUGUAAAUAAGUUGCAUUAUAGCCACACUGCCCUCCAAACAACUGUCUUUAUCAAUGUAAUCACCUUUUGUAAAGUAAAACAUCUUAUGCAACA